CAGAUUUCAAGAUGAAAGUACUGACGUGCUACACAGUUUUUGCUCUGGUCGGUAUAAUAGUGGCAUCUCCCACCACCAAAGACAUUAAACUUGUAGUAACAAAGGAUGUUUAUUUCGACGACAGUGUCAAGUAUAGGGGAGAGCAUGAGAUAGUCAACAUUCUUGUACCUUUGAAUUCACUCAACUUUAAAGAAUCUACUUCAAGUGAAUCAGAAUCCCAAGAAGAAGACUCCGCAACGAUCUUAUUCUUUGUUGAAGCAGAUAUACAGUCUGAUGGGACUCGUGUUGACCAAGGACUGUACGUUCUUAAGGACGGAAAGGCUAAAAAAAUACUCAAGCACGGUCGGGACGCUGCCGCUUCGAGUGAUGACAGCAAAUUAGCAUUCUUCGGAGCUCAAGACGGCCUUUACGUGUACAACGACACCACGAAUUCGGCUGAUAAGUACGGACCAAUAACCGACAGCAUAAUAGCAAUCGCCAAAGAAAAGGAAGGAGACGCUAUUUACAUUCUUACUGAGGAUCACGAAGUUUAUAAGAUUUCGAACAACGGAGAAACUAAAGUUAAAUUGGACGAUGUAGUUAAUGCGAAGGAAAUAGUUCUGGACUAUUCGGACAACCUUUACUUCGUCGGUGAUGAUAACAAACCGUAUGUCCGCACCGCUGAUGGUGUUAAGGAAGUCGGAGGUCUUCCGCAUGACCUAUCCGAUGUCAAGCUUAUCAAACCUCCGUUUAUUCUGGAUAAAUCAGUGCCAUUUGUUGUUGGCAAUAAAAUUUACAUUCUUCACUCUAAUGGCACUAGUGAAGUUAGUGAUAUAGAAUUCAAGUCCAUAGCAAAGCCGAGUGCGUACGCACCGGAAGGCACCUUGGUACAAUACUACGCCACUAAUAAGGUAAUCUACGAAUUGAACAUUCUCAAGUUAAUGACGGAUGCUGACGCUUCAUUCAGCAAUUAUCUCAACUCUAAGGCAUCGGAAAUCAGGACACUCGCUUCAAAAACUAAAUUUGAAGCUGCUCGCACGAAAGCUAACCCUAAAGCAUAAUUUUAUCAGCGAUCAUGCAUUCAAAUUAAAAAUCCAAAGAAGUAUGGAUCCGACGAAAAUACACUUUAUGUACACCAUACAUGUAGCUAUAACAAAUACAAUUGAAAGAAAAGAAAGAUUAACAAAGUCACUCCCGCUGUUUGUACGCUUGAUCUUUUAAAAUAUGCAACGGAUUUAAAGCCAGUACUGAGUACUGAUAUAUGAUCCCCACGUUACCUACUAAGAAUGGUCUUAUUCCAUUAAAAAUAAUAAAGUACACUCUUUUUUUCCAACUUGUAAAA